AGCUGAGUCUGAUCUCUGGGACCUACUAGGUGAAAGGAAAGAACUGACUAGUGUAGGUUGCCCUCUGAUUUUCACAUGUUUGUGACAUGCAUUCCCAUACACACACAGACUCCCAUAUACACACAGACACAAACACAUGCAGAUGCACACACAGUGUAUAUUGCAGGAACUUCCCUGAUGGGAGGAGGGGUCACAGUAUCACUUUAUUUUCUGUUGGGGAGAGUUGAUCCCAGGGUUUCACAUCUGCCAAGCAAACACUGUGCCACUGAGCCACAUCCUCAGGCAAUUCGGACAAAAAAAAAUUUUAACUCUGAAAACGGAAUUGGAUCCAUUUUCCAGACGUUUGAUAUACUUGAGAGCUCUAAAACAUAUAUUAGAUACAUAUCAAAGUUUUUUUAAAAGGCAAAUCUUUCUUUUACUCAAAUACACUCGGAAAAGGCAAAUCGAUGGGAAAACGCAAACAGAAUAAAAAUAAACGAAUCAGGAGCCCAGCAUGAGGUGUAAGAACAGGGAGCCUCCUUAUGCCAUGGCCCGAGGAACAUUCCAGCCUUCCGUCAGCAGGCUUCUAGCCAACCUUGGAGCUCCCUUAUAUAAAGUCAGCCCCAGGCAGCCCAGAGCAAGAUGUGGCCUCACAGCCUCCCUGCUCGCUAGUUGCUCCAGUGCUGCUGACCAAGUGGCCAGACUGGCCUGUCCCAGAGCCAUGGCAAAGAAUGGACUUGUCAUUUGUAUCCUGGUGGCCAGCUUACUCCUGGACCAGACCAAUAGCUACCCAUCCAGAGUGAAAGCCAGGAAACAUAGCAAACGCCGUGUGAAAGAAAAGGAUGGUGACCUGAAGUCUCAAGUUGAAAAGCUGUGGCGAGAAGUGAACGCCCUGAAGGAAAUGCAAGCUCUGCAGACAGUUUGUCUUCGAGGCACCAAAGUCCAUAAGAAAUGCUACCUUGCUUCAGAAGGCCUGAAGCACUACCAUGAAGCCAAUGAAGACUGCAUUUCCAAGGGAGGAACCCUAGUUGUCCCCAGGAAUUCCGACGAAAUCAACGCUCUCCGAGACUAUAGUAAGAAGAGUCUUCCAGGUGUCAAUGACUUUUGGCUGGGCAUAAAUGACAUGGUCACAGAAGGCAAGUUCCUCGAUGUCCAUGGAUUCGCCGUCUCCUUUCUCAACUGGGACCGUGCCCAGCCCAGUGGUGGCAAACGGGAGAACUGUGUUCUGUUCUCCCAGUCAGCUCAGGGAAAAUGGAGUGAUGAGGCCUGUCGAAGUAGCAAGAGGUACAUAUGUGAGUUUAUCAUCCCUUAGCAAGCCCCUCCCAAAUAUCCCUUCCAAGUAAGACUGGUCAUGAUAAAUAAGCUGGUAGUCACCCUAAUUAAGCCAAAAUUACAUUUAUUAAUUCCAAGAUUGUAAUGCCAGUAUUGAUAUCCAUAGGUAUAUAGAGUCAGACCAUGUUUCUACUAUAGCUCAUUGUGAUGUUACCCAUCAUGUAGCAAAGGGGAUCAGAAAAGAAUGAUCCAUGGUAAGAAAGAGACUUCUGAAAAUGGGCUGUCAAAUCCCUUUCCCACUCUCCUCAUCCAUCUCAGGUGGAUAGGCCUGGCGUAUUUGAGAAAUAUAUUAGCCAUGUGUUUCUUCAAGACAGGAAAGCAAGACUGGGCUGCCUGGAAGAUUUCUCCUUAAAAUUUAGUCAUGAUGGAAAUACAUUUUGAGAAAUUUGUCAUUGGUUAUUUUUUAGUUGUGUGAAUAUUGUAGUAUGCACUACAUGAACUCUUAUGUUGUAGGGCAAAACUUCAGGUGGCCUCUAAAUGACCCUAAGACAAGUAGUAGACACAAGCAAUGUGAGGAUUCUGCUGGUCUAACAUGACAGGCUUUCACAAUAUAGUUCUCUUUCUAAGUGCAAACACAUAAUCAAAAACAGUUGAAAACACAGUGAAGUAUACUAUCUUUCCAUCACUAUAAUGAGAUAUCUGACACAGACAUAUAUGAAGCAAUGUGACAUAUAUUUAGUUUGUAGUUCUAGUGGCUCAAAGCCAAAGAUUAAGCAAUCCCUGUGACUCGGCCAAUGGUGAGGUUGGCCAAUCAUUAGCAGGAACUAGUGGUAGCAUCUCAAACCAGAGCAGAAAUAAAGAUAGAUGGCAAGCAGGGUCUCCUUUCCAAGGAGUGUCCCCAAUCAUCCAAGGACGCCCUAGACGGAUCCACCUCCUUAAGGUACACAAUACCUUUCAAAAUUGUCACAUCAGGGUCCUUGAGGGGACAGAAGCAAUCAAAUGAUCUUCAGCUAUAGUGUAUGAUAAACACAUAAACCAAUACACUGUCAUUUAUUAUUGUUACCAAGUAUUACAUGCUGUGCUUAAUCAUUGUGUUAAACUUUAUGACUAGUGGUGUGCUAGAUUUGUUUUUAGCACUGUCACCAAGAACACACAGAGUGCUACAUAUAAUUUGCUACAUGAGGACACCAAAAUGUCUCUAGGCAACAGGAAUUUUUCAGCUACAUCACAGUCCUUGGGACUACCGUCAAAUAUACAGUCUAUUAGUGGUCAAAAUGUUGUGCAGUGCGUGGAUAUAGUUGGUUGAUAAGACUGUCCCAAGUUGGAGGUUCUAGGUGCUAUAUAAUCCAUAACCUUUCUAGCACAAUGUUUAAUUUCAUCCACCCUGUUAGCCUAUGGUCCUUGCUUUCAGAUGUCACAUCCCCUGGUGGGACGUGGAUCCUGUCUAUGACAUCAGAGCAGGAAUGUCUAAAGAGGUUCUCAUCUAACUCUUCAAAUUUUCCCACUCCAGCUUUCUUGGAGGGUCUCAGUCAAGACCACCUCCCCAAAGUGAGUCAACCUAUUUGAUCAAUUUCUGCUCUCAGCAUUCUAUAACAGCUUCUAGCCAAUAUACAGCACUAAGGCAGGAGAAGGGCAGCAGGUGGUGAGGACAAAGAAUAGACCAGAGAAAAAUAAGGCAAGGCUGGGGUGCAGUUCCGUAGGUAAAGUGCUUGUCUAGCAGGCAGGAAGAUGUGGUUUCACAUGAACAGGACUCUUAAGCCUAUAAUCCCAGCACUGGGGAAGUGGAGGAAAAGGAUUAGGAGUCCAAGGUCAUGCUCUAUCAAUUGGACUGCAAGUUUAAAGGCAGCCUACGCUGUUGCACCAGGUCCUGUUUAGACAACAAAAGAAAAGUGCCUCUUUCCCUUCACUUAUGUGUCCUUACAGUCUCCCUUUCUAUGUGAUAACAAUAUUUUUUUACUUUCUUUACAUAUAUAUUUCUUCAAUUAUCAUUAUGUAUUUCACUUUAUGAGGGGCAGUUUGUCAUUAGAAGCUAAAAAUUUGCCUUAAAUAAUACUAUUUCAGAGUUACACAUGUGUGCAAUUUUUUAUUCAAACAAUGCUAUUUCCAUUAAAUUGCUUAACUAGAUUUUAUAAAAAUAACUUCAUUGCUUAAAAACAGCAGCAUAAAUUUAAGGCUUAGGGGAAAUGGGUUUUGGAGAAAUAAACAAUUCAGAAUAUAUUCUAUCCUUCAAAUAAAUAUCUUUUCUCUUUUGUGAAUAAUGUUUUGCUCCCAAGAGCUGAACUGCAUAUGCUUAGAAUUAAAUUUUAGGUUGGCUUUUUCAUUGCUCAAUAAAGCCCCAAAUCUGAUCAGUGUGGAUGUGUUUAGAUAUUGAUUACAUUUAUUCAGAUUAUGAUAUUUAUAUUAAACUGGGCAGAAUUUAAGAGGGAAAAUGCCUGUAUUUGAUCAAACUGGUAACACUGGUGUAUUUGGAGAACAAUUUCAACUGGCCUUGAAGAGGCACAGUCUUGAGAUGGGGAGACUUUAAACAUACCCAAUUGCCAUUAUAUAUACUGGGAAGUAGGCUCCAGAGUUAUUUUCUUAUAUGGAAGAAAAACACAAUGAGAGAGGUGACAAUGGUCCCAAAGCACACUCCCAGAAGUAGUGGUCAACUCACCACACCCUCAGCAACCAUGGAGGCUCUGACUUAGUGAAAUCUGUCCCAACAGAUGAUGGGACAGAUCCCAAUUCAUGGCUCAGAUUCCUCACUUAGGAUCAUAAUUUGGGCAAACAGGUGACCUUGAGAAGACAUUGACUCUGAAGCUGCUGUCCUUGACCCCUUUGCAAGGACAGGGUUAAGGAGCCAAAGACCACAUGUAGAUGGCAGAGUUUGGAUCCCCAGAGAUUGUGUCAGAUAGGAUCAUCCUUUCCAAGGAGACACAUAAAAGGCUUUCCAAGGAACUCAAAUUAGCAGCAGCAGCAGCAGCAGCAGCAGCAGCAGCAGCAGCAGCAGCAUCUAGAAAACACAACCCAGCAGCGCCACCACCGGCAGCUGGAGGAAUUCCCCUCCCCCUUCAGAACUCCAUUCACUUAAAGUGAGAUCUUUGGUUACUGUGCUGUGGAAAGAAUGUCAUGAUGAAUCAGAAUGGAGCAGAGUUAGUGACUAUUAAGUGUUUAGACAGAGUCAUAGAGGUAAAGGAAGGUACACAUCCUAAGACAAGGGUGUAGGCGUCUCGAGAGAAAGUCACAUUUCCUAUCUUUACAGUGCCUGUGUAUAUGAACCUGCAACUUUCUAAGUUAG